AUGUCUCUCAAAGUCGGGUACAUUCCAGAGCAUUUUGCCAGUCCUUUAAUUUUUGGCAAACAAAAAGGGCUUUUCAAGAACCAAGACGUAGAGGUGGAAUUGAUCCCUUACCCCAGUGGGUCGGGCCAUUUGAUCCAAUCGUUGAAUGACGGCGAACUGGACGUCGCUAUAGGUCUCACAGAGUCGUUUGUUCGCGGAAUCGCAGACACGGACAAGGACACCAAGCCCAAAUACCAGAUCGCGGGCACAUUCGUGAAGUCCGCACUUGAGUGGUGUGUCUCGACUGGCAGCAAGCGUGAUGACCUCGCAGACCUGAAGGCGCUCGACGGCAAGAAAAUCGGUGUUUCCAAGCUCGGCAGCGGCUCCCACGUCAUGAGCUAUGUGAUGGCACUGCAAAUGGACUUUGAGAAGCCAUUCGAAGACUUCGUUGUGUGCAACGACUUUGCAAAUUUACGCAAAAGUGUGAACUCGGGCGAGUCGGACGCUUUUAUGUGGGAAUACUACACUUCCAAGAAGUUUUUGGACUCGGGCGAGAUCAAAAUGCUCGGUCACGUCUCGUCGCCUUGGCCCUCUUGGGUCGUGGUCAAACGUACCGAAGCGGACCUCGACGCUUUCAAGCGGUUUGUCCAGGCCCUAAACGCGGGCAUAGACUACUUCAACAAGCACAAGGAAGAGUCCAUUGACCUUGUUGUAAGCGAAUUUGGGUACUCUAAAGAGGACGCUGAAGGAUGGUUCAAAACGGUCAAGUAUCACUCUGACUGUGGAAAUAUUAACGACUUGCAUGGUGUCGUCACGGGCACGCUACACAUCUUGGCCAACACCAAUGUGCUGAAAAACAAGGAUGAGUUGGUUAUUGAAAACAACUUACGUGACGGCACUUUGAACUCAUCGUGA